CACCCAUCGCAGCUGGAACCGGACCCAACUUUUCUCUUGCGGACCUGGACAGCUCCUCGUACUACAGCAUGAGUCCAGGAGCCAUGAGGAGGCCUCUGCCCAGCACCUCCUCCUCCAGCUCUGCCAAGAGGAUAAAGUGCAUGGAGGAGGAUGUGGACAGUCCUGGGGAGGAGUCCUACUACCCGGGUCAGGGCCGGUCUCCGGGCAGCGGGAGCCAGACCAGCAGCUGGCACGAUGUGGAGCCAG